AUGGAUCCCGCCGCACAUCUCCCCUCGCGCCCGCUCGAGCCCCUCCUCAGGCUCGAGGCGUGCGCGCUCGCCGGCGACGGCGUCGACGCGCCGCGCCGCCAGGAUCUCCCGUCCCUGUGGCAGUGCCUGCCCCAGAUCGUCGUCGUCGGCGGGCAGUCCAGCGGCAAGUCCUCCGUCCUCGAGGCUAUCGUCGGCCGAGACUUUCUCCCGAGGGGCGCGGGGAUAUGCACGCGCCGCCCGCUCAUCCUGCAGCUGCACUGCGUCGACGACGCGGAGAAGGACACCGCGAGGUUCCUGCACAAGCCCGACGAGGUGUUCGACGACUUUCGCAAGGUCCGCGCGGAGAUCGAAGCCGAAACCGACCGACUCCUCGGCGCAAACACCAAGUCCGUCAGCGCCGAGCCCAUCGUCCUCUCCGUCCGAAGCAAAGACGUCCCAAACCUCACCUUGGUGGACGUCCCCGGACUGACCAAAGUUCCAACCGCCGAUCAACCCGCGUCGAUAGUGCGAGACAUCGAGUCCAUGGUGAAGAAAUUCGUCACCCCGCCGGACGUCAUCGUCGUCGCCGUGUCCCCGGCGAACGCCGACAUCGCCACGUCCGACGGCGUGCGCAUCGCGAGGGAGGUGGACCCGGGAUUGGUUCGAACCGUUGGAGUGCUCACCAAGCUGGAUCUCAUGGAUCGCGGCACCGACGCUUCGGAGGUGCUCGCCGGUCGAGCCGUGCGGCUGCGGCUCGGGUGGUGCGCGGUGGUCAACCGAUCGCAGUUCGACAUCAACGCCAACGUGGACAUGGCGACCGCGCGAGCCAACGAGCGGUCGUUCUUCGACGAGCACCGCGCCAAGUAUUCCAACGUCAACUGCGGCACGGGCGUGUUGACGGAGAUGUUGACGGCAAUUUUGGGCGACUCGAUCCGGCGGCGGGUCCCGAGGAUACGAGAGACGAUCGACGGUGCCGCGGCGGCGCUGGAGCUCGAGCUCAUGACCCUGGGCUCCCCCGUGCCGAGCGACAGAGGAGCGUUGAUGCACGAGGUGCUGCUGUCGUGCGGCGGUUUCGAAAAGGAGUUCGUCAAAUCGCUCGACGGCGGCCGCGGGGGCGGCGAGACUAUCCGCGUCAUCUUCGAGGAUAAGCUCGUCAACUCGCUUCGUUCGCUGAACCUGCGCGAGUUUUACGGCGCCGAGUUCGUCAAGUCCGUCGUGGACGCGACGGACGGGUACCAGCCGCACCUCGUCGCGCCGGAGCUGGGCAUCAGGCGGCUGAUCGAGCUCGGUUUGGCGAGGCUCCGCGACCCGACGGCGCAGUGCGUCAGAGCCGUGGACAGGGUGCUCCGUUCCAUGGUGGAGCGCUCGGUGGAGGACGGCGUGGGCGCGGGUUUGGGGACGUUAGGAACGGCGCCUUCGUCGGCUUCGUCCGGCGGUGGGCGGGGCUCUUCGUCGUCUCUCGACGGCACCCUCGACGGCACCCUCGACGGCACCCUCGACGGCGGCGGCGGCCGCGAUAGGCUUCGGAGGUUCCCGGCGCUGCGAGCCGCGGUGGCGUCGGCGGCGUACAGCGCUCUCGACGCCCGUCGCGACGAGUCGGAAAAGAUGGUCGCCGCACUCGUGGACAUGGAGGCGUCCUACUUCGACGCCGACUUCUUCCGGAGGUUCACCCGCGAGGAGCACCUUCGGAGGUAUAAUAACGCCGCGUCCGAGCCCGACGAAUCGAGUCCCCCGACUUUGGACGAAGCGUCCGACGGUCGUCCCACGAAACGGUCCGACGAAACGCUCGACUGGGACGACAGGGUCGGUCUCAUUCGAGCGUCUGUGUACGCGUACGUCGACGCCGUGCGAACGAGAAUCGCCAAAUCCGUACCAAAAGCGGCGGUGCACUGCCAGGUGGUGCCCGCGAGGUCCGGGUUACUCGCCGACUUUUACGCCAACUUGGGGGGUAAGACCCAGGAGGAACUGGCGUCGCUGAUGGCGGAGGACGACGGCGUGGGCGAGCGGAGGGAGGCGUGCAAGACGCGGCUCGGUCUGUUGAAUCGCGCCAGGGCGGAGAUCGCCGCCGUCGUGGGUUGAGGUGAGGUUCUCUUAUACAACACCCUACGCUAAUAGAAGCACACCGUGUAGAUGGGCCGCCGCCCCACCUCGGCGGCGAACUUGUCCAUGAUCUCGUCGCACUCGCACUCCCAAUCGUCGCUCGCGUCGAUCAUCUCGCACAGCUUGAGCGCGUGCGGCCCCGCGUUGAGCGCCUCCUCGUGCGAGUCGAUGACGUCCAGGUUGAUCACCAGGAGCGGCUCCCCCGAACCCCCCACGCGUCCCUUCAGGUCGGACACCACGUUGUCGAACACCCUCUCCUCGAAGCACACGACGACGUCGACGUCGACCUCGCUGUCCUGCCACCGCUGCGGCGCGGGUUUGAUCGUCAUGUUGCGCUCCAGCAUGUCCUUCAGUCCGUUUCGCGUGUAGAGCUUCUCGUCCUCGGCCAUGAGCUUGUCGUAGAUGUCCUUGUACGUCACGCUGCCGAACUCGAAGACGUUGGGGUUAUCGCGGCUCGCGCCCGGGAGCUUGACCCUGUUCCCCGCGCCGUAGGACUUGACGUCCAAACCGGCGUUGAGGGCCACCUUGUGCGCCUCCAUGCUGCGGUUCAUGUUCGCCGCGCACACCAUCGCGAACCGCUUCGCCUCGGCCAUGAUCGACGACGGAUGGGCACCUCGAUUGGAGGCUGCGCGUUCGAGCGAUGCCCUCGCGUCGAGUCGAGGGAUCGGCGCCUCGUCCGAGACGGCGCGGCGCGCGCGCGAGCUGCGUGUGCCGGAGUGUUCGGCCGGUCGGGUCACGACCCCG